UCUUUAUGACGAAAAUGACCAGCUAUCUAAUUUGGUGUUCCUACAGCAUUCUAUUGUCACAAAUCUAGUUGGCGCAUUCGACAUAUUGCAAAAUAAUACGUUGUUGGUGGCACAAAAUGAACCAGCAAAUGCUUGGAGUUUUCCUUCAAUAGAUUUGCCCCAAUUUAGCCCGUAUAAUGAUAACAGCGCAACACCAAGUCAAGAGCAAUUAAAUAACUCAGGAAAAGAUAAAAUUUUUGCAAAAUUAAUAAAUGAGCUCGUAAUUAUAAUUCCUACAGAGCAAGAAAGGUUGUAUUCAAACAAGCUUUACCAGGUUGAUAACUCUUUGUCCGGUGUGGAGCAAUAUCUUAUCUCAUUUGCGAUUCUUGAGAUGAGAGAUGGUGAUAAAAAGAAUUCCACAGUAAUUACAGAUGAUUUAAAUCUACUGAUUCAAA